AUGGCUCCAUUCAACGAGAUUUCGUCUGGGACGCUGCGGUACUUGAUCGACCACGUUGUUCUUCCACCACAGCUACCUCAGAAAGACGACCGAGAUGUGUCUGAAGAGUGGCAGCUCCUGGAUGUCACGAUUCUAGCUUUGAAAGAUCUAGAGAGAAGUGUCAGCAAGCCUUAUGCAAAGACUGUGAAGUCUGCCAUUGCUACAAUCGAGAAUUUGCGCGAUAGCCGAGACGGUUCUGGUAUUCUCGGCCAGACCAAAACCCAGCGUGUCUUGACUAGGCUUUCCCGCGGCGAUUCCGAUGGCUACGCUCCGCUCGAAAUUAACACUCAAAAUGCCGCCGUUAUCGCUAUUCGAUGUGAAGAUGGCGUACGUUUCGAGCUCAUGGAACUAUCGCCCAACAACGAAGCGGUGAUGAAAACCAAAGGUCGACUGACCAGGGUCUUCCCCGCUCUGGCAGCUAAAGUUGCAUCUGUCGACAUGCAAGAUCCAGCUAUUGUUAGUUCACUUGCUCGGACUAUGUCUACAUUAGCGGUACAAAAGGCGCCUGGAAUGCAGCCGCGAGUGUCAAAGAAUGGCUAUACAGUCGAGGAAGAUCGUGACACGAGCAAGCCUGAUAUGGUAACUGACUGGCUAUUUCACCUCCUCACGGCCAUGGGAAAUACAGCGAAGACGGAUCAAAUCACUAAGAAUACUCGCGAUGAUGUCUUGUGGUCCGACUGCAGAAGUCCAUGGCGUCGGUCACCACUUUGGCUUCUUGUCCGUGUAUCGUUACACCUGCUCUUCUCUCGCGCCCUACCCGCAACCGAUCCUCCCGAUGGUCUUUACAAAGGCUUCAUGAUUCAUAUGCUGUUACAACUACUGAAAAUGGCAACAUCUAACCCAUCCUGCAUGGAAAACGAGUCGAUACAUACUAUCUCCGCAAAGUUGUGUCGGCGGUUGCGAAAGUUUGAGCUGCUGAACCAGGAUCAAUAUUUUCAGCCACAUUGGCUCGCUGAGGUGUCCAAUAUUGUCCAAAACGCCCAUAAGCUCUUGGAGAAUUGUUGGAGAAAUACCGAAGCACCCGCACAACCACGCCUAGACAACAAAAACCUGCCAGAGUUGCAACCAGACAAAGAUCUCGAUAUAGAUAUUCCAGACUUGGAUCUUUUCCUUUCACAAGUCGCUUCUAGGCAGGGCAAUGCUUCAUGCUCUAGCUUUGACCCUACUUCAAUGUACCCGACAUACCUAGCUGAUGAUUUACCAUCUUUAUCCUAUUAUCCUGGUGAGCAGCGGCAUUUUCGUUUGGCAGCACUGGAAAUGUGGGUUGAGCAUCAUCUGUCAUCCUGGUUGGCUCUGCACAUACAAGAAACAAACACUUGUGGUAAACUUCGACAGUUGAUGAAGAGUUACUUUCCCCAUGCUAGUGCAGUCUACAAGGAAGUGCCCAUCAAUCUCUCAAUCAUGUACCUCACAAUUCUUGAGCUCAUACAUCCAAUGCUCAAGCACUACGACCAUGAACUUGUACUGGACGAAUGCGAGUGCCUAGUUCUUCCUCUGAAGAGUCAGAUGCGACGACUAGCAGACGUUGAGCAGUAUGCCAUAUCGAGGAGAACUGCAGCGACGAGGAAGGCUAUUUCCGUUUUCCGAGAUUUUGGGCACCCGAUGUCUUUUGGUGUUGCCUAUUAUGAUUCCUCGCCGUCAUUAAAGGACACACAUGCCAGAAUCGAACGCGAUGCUUCAGCACGGCAGGAACAAAAAUACCAAGAACUCGAGCGGGUACAGCGCGAACACAAGGCACUUAUGGAUCGCUACAACGAUCCUCAAACACAAUGUGAUUACUACGAUGAGGUUUAUGAUUAUUAUCAUAACUACAAACGGAAGGCGCACAGCAAGUACUGCGCGAAAUGUGACCUACCGAAUCAAGCCAGGAACAAAAGCAUAGAAAUUUACGAGUGGCCCUUAUCGCCAGAGCCGUUGAAAGCCAAGGCCACUGUUUUCGAACUUCAGGUGCCACAAGAGUACAGCGAUUGGCGUGACACUUCUAUUUUUGUAAUAACAAACGUGCUUGGAUUUCGCGACAAGGGAAGCGGGAAGCCUCGAUACCAAGGAACACUGGAUAACCACCAUGGCCUGUCACAGAUACUGACAUCGGAUUAUCACAAAAGACGCAUUGUCCCACUCUCCGAAGUGAAGUCACACACCACGACGCAUCGGCGAAACAAGACAGGAGUCCAAUAUCUGAAAAAUCACGAUGUUUGUUUGAAGAACGCGCUGAAAUAUGAGUAUUUCGAUACUGAAUUGGGUGUGUGCAAUGCUAGAGUGCAAUCCAGUCAAAGCAUACCCAAAAAAUGUGGUUAUAGCAUGCCCAAUCGAUCGAAAUCGCUCCAGCGCUUCAUGUACAAGCCGCCUUCCGGUAGGGAUGGACCGUUUCCCAAUGAGAUUAUGGCCAAUCUAGUGGAUUGUCCUUCACAUUUCUCGAUUGAUGAAUUCAAAGCCUUCGCAGCUUUGCCUUUAGGUCACAAGACUGUUUAUUACUCAAUUCUCACACAGCUAGCGAUGCCUGCCGUGGACUUUGCGAAGGCAGAGGUGCAGUCUCUUAUCCUUCAGAUCAUCCACCAGACCGGCCCGCCCAAGGACGAUCAUGUCGAGCGUGCAAGCCAUCACAUCCUGGUAGAAGGGCAGUUCGGUCUUGCAAUGCUUGCACAAUUGCAGUCAGCUAUUGAGCGCUCCUCAGAAAACUGGGAGUCUUGGAGAGCGGUCGCUAGCUAUAUCCAACUCGCGCAGCGCGUGCUUAGCAUGACAUCAUCUUUGGAAGUGCGACAAAAGAGUCUAAGAUUCCUGGAAUAUGCUCGCAAAAUUUGUCUCAAAUGGAUUCUUCGUUUGAAAGAUCGGGUAUCAAGAUCAACGGAUGAAGCGCAGAGAAUUGAAUUGCGUUCACGGAUGGCUGAAAUAGCUCUCAUCUGCACAAACACUUACGACGUCGAGCCAGAGAUCAUCGAAGAAAUCUUGUUGGAGCCAUCUACUGUCACAAACCUGCUUCAGAGCUCUAUAGUGGUGCAAGAAAACGUUGAUACCAUUCAGAGCGAUGAUAAGAAACUUUGGAAUAUUCUUCUCCAUGCUUGGAGGUCUAUGAUGUAUCGAAUUGGGGAGUCGUUGUUGAGAACGAUACUACAAAACAAUGCCGGCCUCAAUGAAGCUUUGUCCGCAAACUGGGCUGAUUUCCAACCCCGUGCAUCAGCAAAAUGGUCGGUUCUCGAUGAUUCUCGCAAGAAUUGGUUGCAAAUUAAAUCAGGUGUACUUCCAGUGCACUUCAACAUCCUGACGGCAGAAUUGCUUUACAGAAAACAUGAGAUGUAUAAGCCUCUCUUUGGUGGAUCAACUCUUGAAGUGGUACCUACCAGCGAGCCUGGGAUGAGAUUCUCAGUUAUGCUGGUUACUGCAGUAGCAAAUGACACUAGAUGGGAGCUAAUUCCAGCACGAGUACUCCGCCAUCGACUGCCUAUUGCGUACAUUCGUGACUUCAUUCAUUGGUACAACCAUAAUACUGGCGAAGUCUUCUUCCGGCCUCGUGAAAACCCAUGGACCACAUCUGAAGACCAAUGGCGGCUCCAACGAAUCGGCAAUCAGUGGCGUCUUGCCAUGAAAGAGAGCAUUGUUGUUAGCAAGUCUAGCCAUACUGCAAACUCUCUGUCGAGAAUGUUCAGUCGCGUAGAACACAGACGACACAUACACAUUGUGCUGCAUACUACUAGUUCCAUUGUUCAAAUCAUGCUUCCUCGGCUGCAGCUCGAUUUCACCUUUCACCCUCAGCAUCACGACAUACAUUCUCGCCAAUAUCGUGGAAUGGUGAUCGAUCCAGAUCAGAGCAUUGGCACACUUGUUGGUCUUACAAGUAUGCUGGUGUUGAAGAGCACAAACAAGCUCCAGGAUCGCUUGGUGUUAAUACCAGUAUCUCGCAAAUUUGGGCCCAAUGAAAUAGUCUAUGACAAGUCAAAUUAUUUGAACCAUGUUAAUGUCUGCAUUGACAAAGACUUGGUAGAUAAGGUAUUUGCUUAUAAUCUCGAUUCCACCAUUGGCCGCAUUGUGGAUAGUGGAAACCUGCAGAGCAAACUUCUCCUUGCCUAUUUACAUGCGUUGACUUCGCAUUGUCUGCCAGAUUUGUUUACUGGGUACACUGGAACAGAAAGUGCAUUGAACAUCCUCCGCUCUGCAGCGGUCCGAUCUUAUGAUGGUCUGGAGGGGGAGGACGUCGAUCUCCUGAAACUAAUCUCUGCGAUAUCGCCAGUACGAGCAUUUUAUCCAGCACAUCUCAUGGAUAUGCAGACAAUUGUUUGGAACGAUAGGUUGCCAAAUCUCUCGCAGCAUAGCCAAAUUCGAGAGUGUGCACAGGAUAUCAUAGUUCAGGCACAAAGAAUGCACGCUAUUUUCGGCUCUACCAACAACCUGGCUUUACCAAAAAUGCAGUCUUCAAAUGAGCAUCUUGACGCUCGAGACAGCAUUCGAUCCUCUAUGUUCCGUACAUGUACCUAUGGGGCGGAAUCGUUCACUAGUAAGGAGGACGUCCGUUAUAAAGGCCGAGACAACAGUCACAAUUCUGCCAGAGGCCGUCAAGCCUAUGAAGCUUCGAGAUUGAUCCUACGAGAUGAAGCCGCGCUAUCUCAGCCAGUGUCCGACUUUAAGAGCAGAAUCGUGCAACUUUUCAGAAAUGAUACCGUCACAGGUCUUCAAGGGCAAAUUGAUAUCUCUAGCCUACAAUUCGACACAAGAUGGAUGGACGAACUGUCUUCAAUCUUGCAGCAUAACUGGUGCGAGUUUCAUCGGAUUCUAUCUCUCAAAGGUACGAAUAGCAACAAAUAUGAUGUAGCAGCUUGGCUCUCGACGUUGGCAUAUAGCACAUCGGCGAACAUGAAUGCUCUUCAAGCACUUGCAGGAUUACACAAUCUACCGGAUCUUUCUACCAUUCAGCCUCCUCCCGGGCCUAGUUUCGCCUUGAGUUAUGGAGAGAGGUUCAAUCAGAACGAAGUACGGGGGUUCGCUCGGCGGGCCCUCAAAGGGUUCCGAGAUUCUGCUGAAGCGCGACUUCCCAAGCAAGGAGUUGAGUCAGAAAGGCAACACAGUGACCGAAUAAAAAAUCUGUUUCAACAGCGCUGCAACACAGCCUUGGAGGCUUUCGUAUCUGCACUCGAGCACCAGUGGCCGUGCUUGAGGCCAUCCAAUCCAAUUACACCCGAGAUCGUAACAUAUGUCAACGUCUCCAAUGCAAUGUCAAAUGUAUCUUCGAUGUUUGAGACUUGGUAUCACAACCGGUUGUUCUUGGAAUAUCUCAAGCAAGUGUCCACAAUCCUAGCACGGCAAACUGUCGUGAAGGUGGAACAAUUUCAAGUUGUGCCACCGCAACUCAAGAAGAAGUCUAUAGUGGACGAUAGUCUUCGAUAUUCCAGUAUGAAAAAUAUCUUCCAGAGUGGUCUGUCGGCCAGUCUUUCCGGCACUGUCGCCACCCCUGCGGAGCCAGAAGUACCAGCUAUCUUGCAUCAUCCCUCAGAGGAUAAGUCGAAUAUGAAGCGCCGAAUCCGAAAGCUUUGCGACGACCUAGAUAUGCAAGCCGUCGCGAAAUGCGAGAAGGAUUAUGUCCAGACCUUGCGUGCUAGUUGCGCCUCACUUGAGGUUCAGGGGACUGACAUAGAUGAUUUCAGUCCAGCUUUGGAGGAAACAACGGUGGGCGUCUUUCAGACAUAUUUGGCCACUUGCACCACAAACAUGACUUCUAACGAUCAGGCGCUGAUUGAUUCCCCACCUCGUAUUUCGCCCUCAUUUUGGCUUGCGCAACUCAACCUUGAUCGAUUCAAGUCACUCUCAAUAGCGUGGAAAAAAACAAUCAUUAAUUACGGACUUGCAAUUACCCAACUCCAUCGUGCGCAGCGUCUAGAUGCUCUAUCUAGAAGGCCCGCGGAGCUGGCUGAAGAGCUGCAACAUGUUGGCCACUGCAACUGGGAUCCGACAGAACAUCCGGAAACAUUACUCUUGGAAGCAGAGAGUAAAAUCGUUCUCCGAGAGGAACAAGAAUAUAUUGCUUCUAGAAUGAGAGACCCGGUUGAGGGCAAGAACAUUGUUUUACAGCUUGUGAUGGGCGCGGGCAAGUCAAGCACGAUAGUUCCUGUUCUUGCAGCUUCUCUUGCAGAUACCAAAACACUUGUUAGAGUCAUAGUCGCUAAACCUCAGAGCAAACAGAUGCUUCAGUUCCUGAUAACCAAACUUGGCGGCAUGCUCAACCGCCGUAUCUAUCAAAUGCCCUUCUCACGGUCCGUCCGAUUGCAACCCUCGGAUGCUCUCAAACUCCGCGAGAUGUAUCAGGGAUGCAUACAGAACCGUGGUGUAUUAUUGGUACAACCAGAGCACUUGCUGUCUUUCAAGUUGAUGGGUAUUGAGAGUUUGCUAAGUGAAAAUGGUGCACUGGCGAAGCGUCUGCUUGAAACACAGCAAUUCUUUGAUACAGUAUCGAGGGACAUCGUGGAUGAGAGUGAUUUGAACUAUUCGCCCAAGUUCGAGUUGGUCUAUACGAUGGGCGCACAGCAACCCAUUGAAUACGCUCCAGAGCGAUGGUUGGUCAUUCAGAGCAUCUUGGGUCUAUUACCUCGAAUUGCUGCCCAUGUCAAGACCCUUCAUCCCAAAGGCGUCGAACUUGAAAAUGAACAGGAUGGCCGAUUUCCACGGAUAAGGAUUCUGAACAUGAAAGCGGCGGAUUGUUUACUAUCGGAAGUCGCUAGGCAUGUAGUGGACUACGGAAUCGUUGGAUUACCUACUCGUUCACAGCCUCCCGAUAUACAGGCUUCCAUAUUUCGGUACAUCACAGAGAGCGACCUGACCGGUGAAGAGAUAGAUGCAGUUGAAAAAAGCAAGUUCUGGACCGAUCUUACGAAGGCGCCACUGCUACUUGUCCGAGGUUUGAUAGCUGGGGGCGUUUUGCGUUUUGUUCUGAGCACGAAACGCUGGCGAGUUAACUUUGGCUUGGAUUCAUCACGAGAGCCGAAUACUUCACUCGCAGUACCCUACCGCUCUAAGGACUCCCCAUCGCCGAGGUCAGAAUUUUCGCAUCCAGAAGUUGUAAUUCUUCUGUGCCUGCUCUCGUACUAUUACGGGGGUCUUAACGACGAAAGUCUAUUUGAUGCAAUUGGUCAUCUUGCAAAAUCAGAUCAAUCGAUAGUACACUAUGACGAGUGGAUAAGCACGACCGCUUCAGAUCUCCCGAUUGCUUUCAAACAUCUUUCAGGUGUGAGCAUCCGGGAUCGUCAUCAAUGCACUGUUGAGCUGUUCCCAGCGCUCCGAUAUUCUAAAAAGGCCAUCGACUAUUUUCUCUCUGCUUUGGUGUUCCCCAAGGAAAUGAAACAGUUCCCCAAGAAGUUGUCCGCCUCUGGUUGGGACCUUGGUGCAGUGAAAUCAAAACCAACAUGUGGAUUCUCCGGCACAAAUGAUACGCACCACCUGCUACCACUCAAUGUACAUCAUAUCGAUCUACCGAGCCAGAGCCACACCAAUGCUCUUGUGAUUAGCUAUCUCCUGAAGGACGAGACGUCUGUACAAGUUCUACCCCUACGGACGGUCAAUAGUGAUGCAGAUCAUCUGCUCACAUUCAUCAAUUCCCUUAGUCCUGAAGUAAGGGUUCUAUUAGACUGUGGGGCAUCGAUAUUAGAGCAGAACAACAAAGAGGUCGCCCAAACCUGGCUUAGAUUGCGCACCCAGGAGAUACAAGCAGCCGUAUUCUUCGAUGAUGAAGAGUUGUCCGUUCUUGAUCGGACGGGCCGAGUUGAGGCAUUUCAAACGUCUCCAUUUGCUAAACAGCUGGACGUUUGCAUUGUAUAUCUGGAUGAGGCACAUACACGUGGGACAGAUCUAAGACUUCCACGGAACUACCGUGCCUCUGUUACGCUAGGUGCUCAAUUGACGAAGGAUACGUUAACACAAGCCUGCAUGAGGAUGCGACAACUGGGAAAGGGACAAGCAAUCACCUUCAUUGUACCAGACGAGAUUGCAACUAAAAUCCGUGAACGAACGGGUAUUUCAACGGAAAUCGAGAUCAACGUCAAUCACGUACUGUGCUGGAGUAUAGGAGAGACCUGGGACGAUCUAAAACGAAGUAUGCCUCUGUGGGCAGUCCAGGGUCACCGUUAUGAAUCGCAUAAGCACCUUUUCAAAGGAGCUGAGACCACUCUCGCCGACGCAAAAGCCUUCUUAGAGGACGAAGCGCAGACUAUCCAAGAGCGCUACCAACCACGAACGCGCGAACAAGCAAGUAACAAAUUAACUGAGGACUGGGAUACGUCUGAUGAGACCGUCAUGAAAAUCAUAACGCGUUGUAGAGACUUCGAAGCGAUGGGUUUCAGUGCCGCAGCCUUGAGCGAAGAGCAGGAGCGUGAACUUGCUCCAGAGAUCGAAGAAGAGAGACAAGUGGAACGCCCGCGUCGUAUGAAACCUGAAAAGCACAGGCUUCAUCCGUAUCUAGUUCAGCUAGCUACGACUGGCGUAAUCCCAAAUGCUCCAGGGCCAGCAUUCCGUUCUGCCUUUCGACUCCUUGCUUCCACCAGCACUGCGCGACUCUUUAACCUCGAUGAGUUCCCGUUGGAUCUGCACGCAACUAUCGACUAUAUCGACACCGUCAAGCCGCCGAAGGGAACUGCAAUUGCUUCAUUCGUAUCUGACGAGUACCAGCGACCAGUUCAAUGGGUGAUGUCCGUCGCCGGCAACGACAAGGUCACAUGGCGCUUCAUAAUUCUGAGUCCAUUUGAAGCGAAUGCGCUUUUAGACACAGUCAGAAAGCAUUCAAAAGUCAUUCUUCAUCUCUUUUCUCCACGAUUCAAUUCUAGCUUCGCUUCACUGGACGAACUCACCCUGCACACCGUAGGGCGCGCAUUCGACCCUAGCAUGGUUCCAAGGAGCCUGACCGUGCAACUCAACCUCUUUGCGGGCUCUCUCUACCUCCGAUCCUUUGCCGAGUACAAAGAACUAUGCGAUUUCCUUGGCCUGCUACACGGCGUGGCACAAGAGGGCCAGCAGGUGUAUGCCGACGGAUUUAUCGACCCACCGACAGGCAAGUGGGGCUUGACGAAGUCCCCCGUACCCUUCCUCCGCACUCUCUUGAUGAAGAUCCGCCGCGAGGGCGAGGGAGUCGAGAAAACUCAUCUUGGGCGGAUUUUGAAUGGGGUUCGACUUGAAGAGACGGAUUUUGAAGAGGAUCAGUCGACGUGA